ACUAAAUAUACAUGGAACAUAUCCGUAUUAUGAACAGGUGUAUAUUAUUGUAAGUCUAGGAAAGCGCAACCUUCCUUUUCCUUUGUGCAUAUUCCAUUAUGAAGUUGAACAUUGCCAAUCCCGCGACGGGAGCGCAAAAGCUAGUUGAGCUUGAUGACGAGCUUAAGGCUCGUGUCCUAUACGACAAGCGUAUCUCCCAGGAGGUAGAGGGUGACUCCUUCGGAGAUGAGUUCAAGGGAUACGUUUUCCGUAUCUCUGGUGGAAACGACAAGCAGGGUUUCCCCAUGAUGCAGGGUGUGCUUACCAACCAGCGUGUACGCCUUCUCGUCGGCAAGGGUCAACCUUGCUUCCGUGAGCGUCGCAAAGGUUGCCGCAAGCGCAAAUCCAUUCGUGGAUGCAUUGUGGACUCCAACAUGACGGUUGUCAACCUCGUAGUAGUAAAGAUGGGCGAGGGCGAGAUCCCCGGCCUUACGGAUGUUGUGCACCCCCGUCGUCUGGGUCCCAAGCGUGCCCAGAAGAUCCGCAAGCUGUUUAACUUGACCAAGGACGAUGAUGUGCGCAAGUAUGUGGUACGUCGUGAACUUCCCGAGAAGAACGGCAAGGUGCAAACUAAAGCCCCCAAGAUCCAGCGUCUGGUCACCCCCCAGACCGUGCAGCGCAAGCGUCACAUCGUUAACUCUCGCAAGAACAAGCUUCAACAGAGUUCCAAGGAUGUUGCCGAGUACAAGGAGCUUGUCGCUAAGCGCCACGCCGAGGCUGUGCACGCCCGUAAGGAACUGCACAAGAAGCGCAAGACUUCUAUCUCUGAGGCAUAAAUGGAUUUAUAAACUACCAUAACUAGUAUACUUUUUUACUUGCUCGUUCUCUGUACAAAGUAUGUUUUAGAAUGCAUGUAUGUAUAGAUAACUGGGUAUAAAUGAAGCAUGAAAUUCAUACUGAGUACUAGUGUAUUGCAAUUGAUUAUCGUAGUAAAUGUAUCGUUCAAUUUCGCAUCUGCCACUGUUUUUAUAUAUGCUAGAUUCAGUUGUUUGCCUAUGUUAAGUGAGAAAGUAUACAUAUAUAUAUAUAUAUAUUAAAAUAGUUUGACACAAACGAAGGGUAUAUAUAUUUAUAUAUAUAUGUAUAUGUAUAUAUAGUUUGACACAAACGAAGGGUGUGCUCAACGCCAAUUGUGUAUCUUAAUAAACGUACUGUUGAAUUUGGCAUGGGUUAUUGUUAGUCGAUAUCUGAGUCUAAUCGGUUAUAUAUCUGUUCAGCGGAUGUAGAUUGUU